AUGGCGAACAGGGAGAGCGAUGCUCAAGAAUAUCUAAAGAAACACAAGAUAAUGGAAUUAUUUGAGAACUUAACAGCGCAAUUGAUCUACGAAAGACCAGGUAAGAAAUUCAAAAAGCGAUUUCUCGUUGUGGUGAGAGCCUUGUAUUGUUGUUCAUCAUAGCAUCAGUUUUGAUUGACAGCUAGUUGAUUUUGUUCUUGCACUUCCCUUCAUAGAGGAUCCAAAAGCGUACAUGAAACAAUUUUUGGAAAAACUAAAAGAUGCGAGAACAGUGCAAAGAAACUACCCGUGCAUAUUCGACGACAGCAAUGUUAGGUCAUUGUUUGGAAUGCUUGAUGUCACAGGAAAAGGAUUCAUAACCUAUGAACAGUACAAACAAGGUGAUGUGACUAAUGUGUGCAGGGCCCUUUACAGCGCUACCUCACAAACAUUUAACCAUCGGUUGUGUUUUUUGCUUCCAUCAAUCAUAAUGGAAUAUUCAGGAAACAAAGGUUUUCAUCAAUGGACUCGAAAGGUCAAAUCUGUGGACUGUAUACUUACUUGUCUGGGGGGUGAAUUGUCUGACAUUUCUUUGAUAAUGUUAUAAAACAAUUAGUUCAUGCGUCAGCAUGCGUAUGUCGAGAUAUUGAGCAUGCUGGAAGUUUGGAAAGCACGAAAGAGGCGACUCUUGAUUGCUUUCCAAACUUCCCAAGUGCUCUAUAUCUCGACAUACGGACAGCUGAAGCAUGAACUGAUAUUAUUGUUUUAAAACAUUGUCAAAGGAAUGUCAGACAAUUCAUGCCCCAGACAAUUUGCCCCCAACAACUAGCCCCGAGUAUACAGUAUCACCUGAGUUAAAUAUCUUCGAAUCGCUCGUUUAGUAAAUGAACUGUCUUCAACCCCUUUCUAAAUGUCUAGUUGUCUGAGUGGCUCCCGCCCCUUGAAAUUCUAAAUAAGUUCACAAUUCGAAUCCACUUAAUGCAUGCAGGGAUGUGUAGUCCAAGAGACACCAGUCCCAUGAAAAACAAAUUGUUAUGUUAAACGUAAUCUACAAAGUGGAACUUAAGUCCAUAAUGUGGAGGCUAGUUGUCGGGGGCUUACUGGGGGGCAAAUUGUCCGGAUACCUAUCAAUGCAGCAGUUACCUUAUAGCGUGUACUCAAAGCACACACAUCAAUGUCUAUGUGACUAUAUUUUGUUACCUCAUAGUUAUAUUUUUGUCUUGAACCUGAGAGAAAGUUUAAUCAAGUUGCUUAAAGAUUUUAGAUGCAAAAAGAUUUUUUUGCCAAAAGAUUUUAAAAUCCAUAUUGAGGUGCCGGAAAACUAUUAAUUCACCAAAAAAUUCUUUUUGAAAGAAAUAACUUUGCAAGGAAUGAUUUCCACCCACCAUAGCCCACACAGCUUGCCAAAUAACAACAUCAUCAACACUCACCUCUUUUCCCUAGCAAAUUCAAAAGUUUUUUCUUGAGUUUACGUUAUAAAACACAUGGUUAAUGCUUUAUCAUGUACUGUUGAGUUAUGGAUACACUUGGGAGACGUCUUGGGAGGAUUGCUACGCUCACAAGAACUCGAGAUAAAUUAUAGUUUACUGACGUCAUCAGCAUACUCAAUGGGAAUAUGAAGCACGCUCAUGCUAUUGAAUGUUAUAAAGGGUUGUAGUUAGAAUUUGAAAAGAUGGAAGAAUAUAUUCAAUAGGUAGAAUUAGUAUGCAAAGCCCCAAUGGGCACAACAUUCUAGGGGGGUUUGGGGUAUGCCCCCCAGGAAAAUUUUCAACAUUGUGAAAGCUCAGAGAUGCAAUUUGGUAUUUGCAUUAAAGAGAGAAAUUAUUACUUUAACCCCAAGGGCAUUAUAUACUGCUUUGAUGCAAAGUAUAAAAAAAUUGUGUUUUUUAAAGCAGUGAAAGCUUAGUAAAUCAUUUGAAUUCUGAUAAUCAGCUCUUGCUCACUGGAUAUAGAGUGCUUGAUUUUGCUUUCAGUCUUUCAGAGAACAAGUGAGUUACUAACAUAAUUUAGCAAGUUGAAUAUUUAAUAAGUGAUUUAACAUUUGGAAGGGGGAAUGGGUGGGCUGGGGCUUGGGUGGGAUGCAAUCCGAGUGUCUAUGAAACUCUUUUGUUUUCUUGACAAUAAUUAUAUCAACACUUACUACUAUGUUGCCUCAGAGAUUCCCAUUGUAAGGCUUUCAGUGAUGGUUCAUUAAUAAUAUUUUUUGCUCUAAACAGGUCUUGAGACACUAGGGAUUAAAAAAUAUGACAACGAUCCUCCAGGUGGAGACAUGGAUAGGAUAAGUUCUGAAGCAUUUUUAAAAGAAGCGUAAGUGGAGUGUUUUAUUCUUUGGAAUAAUGACAGUCAGACUGGUUUGAUUUUUUUUUGUGUGUGACCAUUUGCUUUUUAUAUUACCUAUUAGUUUUACAGCAAGACAUUUAAGGGAAUUAAUAACCAUAAGGUUCUGUUUUGGUUUAAAAUUUUCAAACUAAAAAUAAAAUAACAAAAUGUCUCUUACAGGCUGCUAACCAUCACAAUAGAGAAAUUGUCAACAUUAAUGUUGACCCUGUCCUCAUGCUACAGAUACUAAUACCUGAAUAAUUCCAGUUAUAUUAUAAUAAAUUGAAUGACCAACAGUUCCCCCAAAUACUUCUGUCAAUAACAAUAUCAAAAUUACAGCUGCAAUCACUGAUCAAGUAGGAAAUGGUAGUGAUGAGGCAAUUCAAUGAAUUACUAUAUUUCAAUAAAAUGAUGUUCUCACAUUAUUGUUUGUAUUUUACUCUUGUUGUUCUUUUGUUUUCUUUUCAGGCGUCAGGGUCUUGCUCAAGCAUCAGCAACAUUUGCUUUGUAAAUAUUUAUAUAACCACAUUGUGUCAUAUUUAGAGGUGAUAGUCUGUUACAUAGAAGAGGAUAUGUUAUUUUACUUGUGCAUGUUAGUACAAUAUUGUGUAUAGCUAUACUGCUG